GAUUUAUCAGACUCAACACUAAGAGAUGCUUGGUGUGAUAUUAGAGAUGAUGAUACUGAAACCAAUUGGAUGCUUUUAGGUUAUGGUAGUUAUAAGAAAACCCUUCAGCUUUAUGGCACUGGCUCAGGUGGUUUAAAGGAAAUGAUUAAGAAUCUUAAAGAAGAAGUUAUGUAUGGUUAUUUACGUACUGUUUAUGGUGAUUCAGAUAGAGCCAAGUUCGUUUUCAUCACAUAUGUACCAGACUCACUUAGUGGUAUCGCCAAAGCCAAAGCAAAUAUGCAUAAACCACAUGUUGAUAGAUUCUUUAAAUAUAAUCAUGCUCAAUUCCAAGUUAUGUCAAUUGAUGAAAUCUCUGAAGAAAUUGUUCAUGCUAAAUUAAAAGCUGCAUCCGGUGCUAAUUAU